GAAGCUAUUACAUGGAAAAUGAUUGAAUCAGCACAAAUUAAAAUAAUAAAAGAGGCCUUUCGUCUUCGAUAUAGAAAAGAUAGUAAGCUUAUUAGUGAAUAUGCUGGCUAUGUAAAAAAUUUGCGUAAUGCUGAAAAUAAAGAUGAGUAUAUAAAAUAUACUGCUAUAACUCUUUUUCCAAAUGAAGAAGCAUAUAACAAAAGAAUAAUUAGAUAUAGAAAAUGGUAUCAAGGUAAAAAGGAGCUACUUACUAGUGUAGAAGAUUUAUAUAAUCUUUAUUAUAAGCUAUCCAAAAAAGAUAGGCCUAUGACUGAAACAGAAAUUGAGGAAGCCGUUGAAGAUGUACUUAUAGACGAGUAG